GCGGCAGGAAAUCACUUGAUUCCCCUGGUAGGUUUAAUCCUACUGAUCCACACCGUUUCGUUCGCCUCGGGCCAGGAUCAUGAUAUGGAUGUUAACUUACAAGUUUGGUGGGUUUGUUGGAAAGUUCCAGGUCACUUUUCAUCGAAAUGCAAGCUUUUGGUACUUUGACGUGACCUUCCCAAGCAAUGUCUUCGAUUUGAGGACAACUGACGCUGUGGCAAAGGUUGGGACGGAGAAUCACCGGUCGUAUUGCUUCGCCGACCUACCCUGGAGUAGAGUCGCUCAGGAUGGGGACGUGAAGGAGGUCUCGUUCUAUGCCAAGACUUGGAGAAAGGUCCGCGGUCUGAAUUCCAGCGUCACAGCGACCAAGGCAUUGCCACAAGACCGGUGUUUCCGGCAGUGCGCCUACGGUCCCUUUACAACAGUGUCAUUUGCCGGAUGAAAUGUGUAGCCUAUCGUGAACGGCCUGUUCUUGACACCACCGACAAUUAUGUAUUCGACGA